UUUCAUGUGAUCAUGGCAAACAAUAAACUUCCUAGGAAGCUAUGCGAUGAUAUGUCAAUGGGGUUGAAGGAUUUAUUUGAUCUUCCUCAUGAGACGAAACAGAAAAAUUCUCAUCCUGAUUUUUAUUAUGGUUACCAAGGAAAAUAUGAAGCCCUUCCUUUGUACGAGACCUUUGGCAUCCCGAAUGUAUCUGCACCCGAUGCAACUCAAGCCUUUACUGACCUUCUGUGGCCUAACGGGAAUUCUCAUUUUUGAGUUGGAGCACAUUAUCCGGAAAAUGGUUUUCGAGAGCUUUGGAGUGGGAAAAUACUAUGAUUCGAGUAUUGAGGAAAGCCAGAACAUCAUGCGCGUCAUGAAAUACGAAGCACCUCCAAGCAAGGAACCAGCCAUCGGUCUACACACCCAUACUGAUAUCGGCAUAUUAACUGUUCUACAUCAGGAUUUGCCAGGCCUUGAAGUCCUCUCUAAGGAAGGCAGUUGGCUGGAAGUGGUGCCACAAGAAGGUGCACUCACCAUUUUCGUGGGAGAAGCGUUAAGGCGAUAGGCCUGGAGCAACGGUAGAGUAUACGCGGCAAAACAUAGGGUGAUGAUGAGUGGAGAGAAAGAUAGAUACAGUUAUGGCUUGUUUGCAUCACCAAAAGAAGAAGCGGUGAUUCAAGCCCCGCGAGAAUUGGUAGAUAAAGAACAUCGUCUACUCUUUCGACCCUUCACCCAUGCAGACUUCAUUCGCUUCUACUUUCCGAACAUUCAUGACCUCGACGGUGUAUUUGAUAAAUUCUUCAGAGAAGCACUAGUGUAGCCUGUCUCUUUCUCUGUUUUUUGGGCUUUCAUGCUUUAGUUUUCUCUUUUAAGUGUUGUUUGUUAGGAUUUUCAUUUCGCUGCAGUUGCGAAAUACUUAU